CUUCACCUCCAUCAAAAUCAGUCAUACUCAUUUCAAUACAACAAAACUUUCUUGUAAAAUGCAUAAAAGUGGUUCAUCUCAAGCAUUGGGUCCAGGUGGGCUAGACAUAUCCCAGUCCUUUUUCAAGCCAAUCCAUGGUGCAUCACCACCACCAACCACCACUCGCACCACCAAAAUCUCCGUCAUUGGUGUAGGCAACGUAGGCAUGGCCAUUGCCCAGACCAUCCUCACCCAAGACCUGGCCGACGAGAUCGCACUCGUUGAUGUUAACCCCGAUAAACUCCGAGGAGAAAUGCUCGACCUUCAGCACGCGGCUGCAUUCCUCCCACGCACCACUAUCACUUCCUCUACUGACUACUCCAACACAGUUGGUUCUGAUCUUGUGAUUGUGACCGCGGGUGCCCGCCAGAUACCUGGAGAGUCUAGGCUGAAUUUGUUGCAGAGGAACUUGGCUUUGUUUUCCAAGAUAAUUCCUCCACUGUCAGCCGGCUCCCCUGAGGCUAUUUUGAUGAUAGUGUCGAAUCCAGUAGACGUCUUGACUUACGUUGCGUGGAAACUGUCUGGGCUUCCCGCUAAUCGGGUUAUUGGGUCGGGCACAAACUUGGAUUCUUCCCGGUUUCGGUUCCUGAUUGCUGAUCAUCUUGAUGUCAAUGCUCAAGACGUGCAGGCAUAUAUUAUGGGAGAGCAUGGAGACUCAUCUGUAGCACUAUGGUCAAGCAUAAGUGUAGGCGGGGUGCCAAUACUUAGCUUCUUAGAGAGGAACCAAAUUGCGUACGAGAAGCAAACACUCGAGGAGAUCCACAAAGAGGUCAUCCAAGGCGCAUAUGAAGUGAUUGGUUUAAAGGGUUAUACGUCAUGGGCCAUUGGUUACUCGGUGGCUAACCUGGCUCGGACAAUAUUAAGGGACCAACACAAGGUCCAUCCCGUGACAGUACUAGCGAAAGGGUUGUAUGGUAUUCAUGGCGGCGAUGUCUUUCUUAGCUUGCCAACACAAUUAGGGAGAAACGGAGUGUUGGGUGUGACGAAUUUACAUCUUAGCGACGAGGAGUCUCAACAGCUUCAAAAAUCUGCCAUGACUAUCUUGGAGGUGCAGAGCCAAUUGGGUAUUUGAAUAUCAUUUUUGUUCAUGUUCCUUUUACUCGAUCUUGAACACAAAUAAAAAGAUGUGCACGCCUUUUCAUUUCUUGUUUAACAAUCUAUGUUAUUUGUACGUUUUUGUAUUAAGUAUUGUUUUCUAUUUGCUUUAAA